UCUGUGUCUCUCUGUGUGUGUAGCAAAAGUUCCCAAUCCCCGCCCCACUUUAAAUCAAAAAUCAAAAUCAAAGCUACAAAAUAUAAUCAAAACUGAAAACGAUAACAAGAUUUACAAGCCUCAACAAAUACAUGCGAGACAAGCAUCAACAAAAAUAGCCAAAAAUCAAAAACCAAUACAAACUAUAGCCAACAUUUAUUUGUUGGCUACAUUGGAACUGAAUUCGUUUUUGCAUUGUUAAUGCGAUAAGAAACUGAUUGAGUGGAAGCAGCCAGCGAAGCAGCAAAAACUGGAUAACAACAGCAGCAGCAGCAGCAACAGCAACAGCAACAACAACAACAGCAACCGCAGCAGCAGCAGCAACAGCAGCAGCAGCAGCAGAAUCAAUAGAGAAGCAAAAACUGUGGCAAUUGGCUCGGUUUUCUUGUUCGAUUGGAUAACCAAGGGAUCUGCAGUGCUGCAGACGCAGAACGCCAUGCGACAUGUCAAAACAUCGGAAUUACAGGUCCAUGGAUCAGACCAGCAGCGGCGUCGUCAUACGCAAAAAGACUAUGACAGCCGUAUGCUUUGUAUGCAACCUGCCCAUAAUGUCGCAUCAGGUUGGCCUGGUGUGGCAGGGCGGCAAUGGCUGGGACGACUUGGUGCGCGAACAGCUGGAGGAGUCGACGAUACGUCAGCGCCUUGGCGGCCGUCGCGACUCGGCCGCACAGAUCACAACACCGCCAAGCACUUCGCCGCCGCCAGGUAUGCAGCGACGGCGACGCAGCUCGCUGGCGCAGCUCACUGACAUCUUGCGCGAGUGGAGCGGCGGCGGCAAGCAGCACCAGCAGCAGCAGCAUCAGCAGCAGCAGCAGCAGUCGUCCCGCAGCAAGGGCCAAUUGAAUCGUCGCGAGACCCUCGCCGACCUCGCACGCAGCCUGCCCUGGCGCACCUCGACCACGGAUGCGGGCACCGGCGGCGCCAGCUCCGGCUCCAAUAUCGGACAUACCACCACCAGCUAUGUGACGCCACGCAAGCGACGCGAGUCGAGCGCCGAUUCGGGCAUACGGAGCAUGCGCUCCCGCCGCGACUCCAACACCGCCGAAUUCGUCCGGCACUGGAACCGGCGCGAAAGCACCACAGUUGAGGAGCACUCCACCAAUGUGGUUGUGCCCGUUGUUGUGGAGAGCACUAAGAGCGCCUCGCGGCGCGGCUCGGGCGAGAGCUAUCUGUCGAGCAGCCGGCGUGACAGCAAUGUUGCCGGACGCGUGACAACACCGCCUCCACCACCCAAAUACCAAGUGACUAAGAAACGCGACUCGUUGGCCGCACCGGAAUUUCCCAAUUUUCGGCAGGAGCAGCGUCCGUCGACCAGCUCCGCCGGCUCAGACUCUGUGCCAUUAAUCUCAACCAGCACUUAUCACCAGGUGGACACCUCCUGUCAGGCGCUGCCGCCGCCCACAAUCAUAACCAGCUCGGUGACGCCGCCGGCCACCAGUCCGACGGCACCCAAGGGACGGCGCGACUCUACCACCCAAUGCGGUCGCGUCAACCGUCGCGACUCCAAGGCAGGCAUCAGUCCGGAGCGAGCGCCGCGACUGCAGCGCUUGCAGCGACAGGCGACGGCCUUUGACGAGAGCUGCUUGCCCGGCGGCAGCCGACGCGGCUCGCAGCCAGCGCUCAGUCCGGAUCCGCCGGAGGACUGCGAGCGCCGCACUUCACGGCGCGACUCGCUCUCGCCGGACAGCGCCUCGCGCGGCGGCCGACGCGACUCGCGCACCCAUCUCUCGCCGGAUCGGUCGCACGAGCGCGACGGCAGUCCCAGACGGCAUACGCUGCGGCGGCAGAGCAGCUCCGCAGCACGCUCGGCCCGGUCGCCGGACUCCAACAGCUGCUCCUCGUCGCGGGAUCCCAGCCCCUGCUCGAGGCCCCAAACGACCACCGUCGAGCAGAAUCAACGGCCGGUGAUACGCCGCCAGUCGACCACCGAAGAGAUACUAAUUGCACGCGGCUUCCGCCGACAAUCAACCACCGAGGAGAUGAUACGGUGUCGCAACUUCCGGCGCCAGAGCUCCCAGAGCGACGAUGUCUGUCGCUACCGUGGCAGACGCGACUCGUCGGCUCAGAUCAUUGACGGCACCAUUGGCACCAUGACCGUCGAAACUACCAGCACCUUCUUCGACUCCAGCACACAGACAGGUUAG